AUGAAUAAUAAAUGCAACCAAGACAAAGACAGUGAAAAGCCUCUAAAGAUUUUGAAGCUAAAUAGGAGAGAAAAUAAAUGCAUCGAGCAGACAGCAGUAAGUUUCAGCCUUGAUAAAUCGAAAAAAACCAAAAAGUUUCUAUCUCUAUAUAAAUCUGAUUUAAAUACACAAUUAAAAAGCUGAGAAUUAACUCCCUCAAAGCGAUUGCCUCAUAAAAAAUCAAUAGAAAAGUCCAUAAACGUAAAAUCUUUUGAUCAAAAAUUAGAUUUUAUCAAGCCAAAAGAUUUAAUAGCUCCAAUAUCCCAAAUCACUUGUUUCACAGAGGAAGAAGAUUUAAUUACUGAUGAUUUAAAAAACGUCAAAACUGGGGAAGAUGCGAUAUCUUUCUUUAAAAAGUAUGGAAACUAUACCCCAGCCAAAUUUUUUUAUUGCAAAAAUAUACCAUAUAACCCAAGAUACUUUCGACCUUAUGACCUUAUUGUUGUUAAUAAAAAUGAGAUAUCAGGUGACCAUUUUGUAAUUUCAUCUCAUGGAGUUGUUAAUGUUUCUUUAGAAAGUAUAAAUAAUUUUCAAACAGAAUGCUGCGCCCUUGACGAUUGAUUGAUUCAGAGCAGAAAUUUUGAUUUAAUAAGAGAAAUAAAAUUUUUUAAGCAUUAUUUAGCAGGAAAAAUAUUUUUGUUAUGAAGGGAAAAACAUAAAAAAUGCAAAUAUUUGACUAAUAGAGAAAUUUUGAGGAAUAAUUUGCUAUUUGGGCAGACUGUAUUUGUGGAAAAUAUAACUAAAAUUAAUGAAUUUACAUAUGAAAUGGAGAAAUCUAAUUGGUUAGUUAUGAAUGAUGUGAAAAUAAUUGAAAUAGAAAAUUUAAAAAAUAGUCAAAGAGAUGCAAGAAUUCAUGCACAAAAAGCUCUUGGGAUAAUAAUGAAUAGUAUCAUGAAAGAAUUAUGAACUGUUUGAAAAUCUGUCAAAAAUCGGGAAGUUUUUAGGCAUGAAGAGAUAGAUAUUUAUGGAGGAAAAAAGAAUAAAUCAUUAUUCCAACAGAAGAAGGAAGAGGAAGAGGUUAAAUAUAAUAUAAUGCUUAAAGAAAGGCAUAUAUGGAUGUCAGGCAGCUAUAUCAGAUUAAUUUAUUACAUUAUUAUUGAGACUCUCGUUACUCAAUUGCAAAAAAAAAUUAAAGAUUUUUUCAAAGAGUUAUUAGCAAAAAAAUCAAAAAAAUUUUUUGUCAAUAUAAAAUAUGAAGAAAACUCAAUUUAUUUGUCGCCAAAUAACCAAGAAGUAAUAAGUAAUAUUGAAAUUAUUAUUGAAGAAACUCUAUCUGAUUUAGAUAAAAUUACCAAGCUUAAUUCUCAUUUUAAUGAGAUUGUAGACCCUCAUCACAUUUCAGAUUUUCCACAACCAAAAAAAAUUAUAAAAAACUCAAAAUUUUUUAUCAAAAUUUUAAAAAAAUUUAAGAUUAAAAUCAACCAGGACUUUAAAGAAGCACAAUGCAGCAUUGAAGAUUAUUUUGAAAAAAUAAGGCUAAUUUAUCAAUUUUUUAUAGCUUGAAAUUUUGAUCAAUGAAAAUUGAAAAAUCAUCCAUUAAUAGAAAUAAAUCAAGAAAUAGAGAAAAUAAAAGGAUGAAUUACAUCUGAUAUUCCAAAUUUCAUGCCUUUUCAACUUCCAGUGAAUGGAAAUAGCAUUCUUUUUAUAGAUGGUAAAGCUCUUCGGCAAAAUAUUGUCGAUACUUUUGUAAUAAUUCAAAAAGAAUUAAAAGAAUAUUUAUAUGAAAUGAUAAUGGAAAAAGUAUCCAAAACAAUUUAUUCAUUAAAAUCAAUCCAAAAUAAAUUGAAGCAGGAUAAUCAAAAGUUAAGCGAAUUUGCAAAUAAUAUUCAAUUCCUUCAAGAAAGUUUAGUCCAAGUUGAGCAAGCAGAAGGCUUAAAAAUUGAAAUAAAUAAAACAGCUGUUGUUUUUCAUAAAGAAAGAGGUGCAGAAAAUGCUUUGAUUAAUGAAAAACUAUAUGAACUUGAAAAAGAAACAAUUUCUACAAAAUCAUUCUUGCAAUCGGCAAAUCAAGAUCUCUUCAAAAAUAAAAAACCGAUGGAAAAGAAGCUGCUAAUAAAAAUUAGAGCUCUACAAAAUAAAGUAAACCAAGAAUUGGCUGAAAAACUAAGCAAAGGAAAACUCACAAAACCUGACACCAAUCCUAACGAAGCAUUAUUUGAGCUGAAUAGAAUAGAAGAAAAUUUAACAAAACUUACCCAGAAAAUUGAAAAAUAUAAAAAAUACGAAGUAAUUUUAGAAAUAAAAUUGCCUGAAAUUACUGAGCUGGAUUUAAUUUGGAAGAAACUCAAGUCAUGGCACCAAUUCUGGAGUUUAAGAAAAGAAUGAGACAAUUUUUUUCAUGAAUUGAUGUAUGACAACUUUUUAGAACUAAAAAAAGAUAUAGGCUUUGUUGUCAACCAAUUUAAUAAAGAGCUAGAAAUGGUCAAAACAAACCAAAAAAAUCUUGAAAUCUCAACUGAUGUAUUAACUCAAGAUUUUAGUGAAAAAAUAACAAAAGUAACCAAAAUAGUCCCUAUUGUAGAAACCCUCAGCAUAAAAUCACUGCAGCCUAGACACUGAGAAAAAAUAUUUAAAUCUUUGCCUACAGGAGUCGAGUACAUUGAAGGAAAACAAUUUUGUCUAUAUGAGCUCCUUGAAUGAGAAAUUGUUGCCAUUGCGGAUAAACUUGAUCUAGUAGCUUAUGAUGCAAACUCAGAACUAGACAUAGAAACUGCGAUUACUGAAAUUAAAAGCAAAUGGGAACAAACAGUUUUUACUAUAAUAAAAUAUAGAGAUCAAAAAGAUAGAUAUUGCAUUGGCGGUGUUGAAGAAGUUUUAUAAUAAUUUCAUUGCAUUAAUUAAAGUGUUUAAGGUGUCUAAUACCACAUUCCCACUCUAGAGAUAGAGCCAAAUUAGUGACUCCAUGAGCAAAAGCUCGACUAUCCCAAAUAAAUUUCCUGCCAUCUUUACCAGCACUUCUCACUUGGAGAAGUUGCCUAGAGAAAAAUAAAUCCCUAUAUAAAAUUCCAUGAAGGAGAGAAAAUUAGCAGAGCUAAUUUUUCUCAAACCAAAUGCCAUUUUAUUUAUGAAUAAGUUUUAUAAUCAGCUUGAAGAUCAUCUAUCGACUAUUCAUUUAUUGUGGGAGAAUAGAUACUGUUAUGAAUUUAAAGAAAAACUCGAAUUUUGAGAAAUUAAAUUAAAAAAUAUUAAAGAAGUAAUAGAAGAGUGAAUAGCUUGCCAAGAGCUCUGAAGCUAUUUUGAAAGUAUUUUUAGCAAUCGUGAAAUGCAAAAACAGCUGCCAAUGGAAACUGCGAAGUUUAAUAUAGUUAAUUAUUUUUGGAUAGACAUCAUGAUUGCAACCUUUAGAAAUCCAAGUGUGCUUGACGCAUGCGAAAUUCCUGGAAUUUUAGAAAAAUUGCUGCAAAAUAAAAAAAUUCUUGAAGAAAUCCAAAAAUCAUUAGAUGGGUAUUUAGAGACCAAAAAACUUGCUUUUCCACGGUUUUAUUUCUUAUCGAACCAAGAAAUAUUAGAAAUUUUAAGUAAAAUGGAAAGCCCAAUCCAAUUAAAUUAUUAUAUCUCAAAAUGUUUUAGCUCAAUAAAAGAAAUUAUAUUGGAAAAAGAAGGAGAAACAAUACAAGCUUUAUCAAUAAUAAGCCAAGAAGACGAAAAAGUGGAAUUUGUGUCUCCGUUGAUUAUUGAAGGAAAUAUUGAACAUUGAUUGAUAAGCAUUGAAGAAAUUAUCAUAAAAACUAUGCAUGAUUAUAUUAAGAAAGCUCAAGAUACUUAUCCAUCUGAAAAUUUAGCUAGAAAAGAAUGAGUUUUAAAUGGUAAAAUCCCUGCACAAUGUAUUUUAAUAGGAAAUCAAAUUAUAUUUACAAAUAGCACAAGUAGAGCCUUAAGCCAUAUUGAUACCAAUAUUAAUGAUGAUGCUUUGAAAGAUUGCUAUAAUUCUACAGAUAUUAAAAUCGCAGAUUUAAUUUCCAUAAUUAAUGGAAAAGUUACAGAAAUACAAAGGAUUUUGGUUGAAAAUUUAAUUAUUUUUGAAAUUCAUAAUAGAGAUGUUAUAGGAAGUUUAAUUGGAAAUUAUGUUAAAAAAGUGGACGAUUUUAACUGAGAAAAACAGUUUAAAUAUUAUUGGGAUUUUUACUCUGAUAAUUGCAUAAUAAAACAAUUAGCAGCAAAUUUUGCUUAUUCAAACGAAUAUUUAGGAAAUACACCGAGACUAGUUAUUACUCCUAUCACUGAUAAAUGCUAUUUAGCUUUAACUCAAGCACUUAGUACACAUAAUGGAGGAGCGAUUGAAGGCAUUCAAUGCUCAGGAAAGACAGAAACAAUUAAAGAUCUAUCUAAAAGCUUAGGGAUUUAUUGCUUAUUUGUAAAUUCCACAAAAAAUUGCAGUAUUUAUUUGUUGGAAAAAAUAUUAUUAGGAUGUGCUGUUGGUGGAUUAUGAGCAUGCUUUGAUGAAUUUAAUAAAAUUUCUAUUGAAGUUCUUUCUAUUAUGGCAGGAUAUCUUUCUGCGGUUCAUUUUUCUAUAAGGAACAGUAAAGAAAAAUUUUUAUUAAGCGGGAAACAAUUUAAAAUAAAUCCUAAAUGUGGGAUUUUUAUAACAGUGAAUGGAUUGAAUAAUUUUGAUUUGAAAAUAAAAUCUAAAAUAAAUUCCUCACAAAAUAGAAAUGAACUCCCAAAAUGCCUGAAACUUUAUUUUCGGCCAUGCGCCAUAGUAGAAUUUGAUUAUUUUUUAAUUUGUGAAACAGUUUUUAAAUGCAAAGGAUUUAAUAAAGCAAAAGAAUUAGCUCAGAAAUUGAUAGAAAUUUAUGAAUCAGCUUCAAAAAAACUUUCCAAGCAAUCUCAUUACCAUUUUAGAAUCUCAUCAAUUAAAUCUGUCCUAAAUGCAGCUGGAAAUCUGAAAUAUUCGCAUCAAUACCUGUCUGAAGAGACUAUUCUUGCUAGAACAAUCAGAGAUUUUAAUAUUUCUAAAAUUGUUGAAGAAGAUCUAGAAUUAUUCAAAACAAUUAUUUACAGCCAUUUUCCACAAAUAAUUCCUCCAAAGAACUAUGCGUAUUUAGAAAAUAUAAUAAGGCAUCUAAUUGAGGUGAAAAAUUAUGCAAAUCUAGAAAAUUUUAUUCAUAAAAUAAUACAGCUGCACGAAUGCAUAAAAUCAAGGCAGGGGGUUAUCGUAAUUGGAGAGGCAGGUAGUGGAAAAACAACGAUUUAUAAGAUUUUGGCUGAAGCUUUAAAUAAGCUAAAUGAAGAUGAGAAUAUAUCAUAUAUUUCACUAAAUCCAAAAUCAGUUAGCAUACAAGAUUUAUACGGAAAUAUUAAUACAGAUGGGAUUAUUGGUAGCUUGAUUAAAAAUUAUUUACAAGAGGAAAAUGAUAAUAGCAAAAAAUGAAUCAUUUUUGAUGCACGGCUCGAAAGCUCAUGAUCAGAUCAAUUAAAUUCUGUACUAGAUGAUAAUAAAAUCCUUUGCUUAAAUAAUGGGGAAAGAAUUGCUAUUAAAGACUCGAUUUCUUUUAUUUUUGAAACAGACUUGCUUUAUAACGCUUCUCCAGCAAUCAUCAGCAGAGUUAGUGUAGUCUAUAUUGACGAGAAAAAUAUUAAAUGGGAGGCACUUAUUGAUUGCUGAGAAAGAUGGCUUAAGGGAGAGGUUUCACAUAUAACUGAUUAUAUAGUAGAAACGACCAGAAAUUAUAUUAGUAGUUUUAUUGAUUUGGAAUUUAAAAGAAAGUUUUUUGUAUCAAAAAAUCAUAUGGUAAUUUCGUUUUUGAACUUAUUUAAGUCAAUAUUUAAGAAAGAAAAAAUCUUAAAAAUGAGGAUUGAUGAUGCCAAAAAAUUAGCAAAUUUAUAUACUAAAAUUAUUGAUUAUUUUUUGAUAAUAUUAGAUUGUAAUAAUAUAGACAUAUUAUUAAUAAAUAAAACUUAAUAUUUUUUAAUUCGAACAGGAUAUAUAAUUUUUUCAAUUUUAUGAUCGUUUGGAGGAAGUCUUAAUGUUUAAAUUAGAUUAAAUUAAAAUGGGUCUUUGGGGUUUAUUUCAGCCCUUUUCCACCUUCGCAAACUUCAGACUCAGAUUAAAUUAGAAUGAGUCUUCGGGGUUUAUUGCAGCCUAAUUCGCCUUCGCUGACUUCAGACUCCUCGCCCUAGGCAUUUCUUUACACUAACGCCCUUUUUGCCGACGUCACCACUUAUCAGGGAGAGGUGACCAGGAACCCCUUUGGGCAACUCCUAGCUGCCGGCAUAUCCAUCCAGGGAUGGGAGAUAAACUACGACCCAGAAUCCUCCUUCUGGCCCCCAUUACCCAUCCAAAGUUUGGAGUUGCCUUGCAGACUCUGGCACUACUUGCCUCUGGUUCGGGGUAAAAAAUAAACUGUUGUGGCGUUCCGACCGAGAAAGCCCCCCCCGGACGAGUUGUUCCAGGCUCUGGCCCUCUUAGGCCCAAAAUCCCGAGGAUAUGGGAGAAGGACGGGUCGGAUAAGUUGCCAUUUUAUUUAUGUAAAGUCUUAAUGAAGAAGAUAAAAGAAAAUUUGAUCGAAUAUUAAAAGAAAAAAUUAGAUCCAUCAAUGAAAAAGAAUAUAUUCUUGAGCUUUUUGAAUAUAAAAUUAAUGAAGAUACAUGCGAAUUUGUUUUGUGAGAUGAAAAAACGCACGAAAUAGCAUGCAACAGCUCUCAGCCAUUUCAUUCAAUUUUUAUCCAUACAUCUGACUAUUCUAAACACCAUUACUUACAAGAAAAUCUUUUGAAAUCAAACAAAAAUGUUUUAAUUUUAGGAGAAACAGGUAUUGGGAAAACAAAAUAUGCUAAAGAUUUUUUAAAAGGAAAAGAAGGCUUCAUUUCAGCAGGUUUCAAUUGUAAUCGAAAUUUUUCAACUCAAGCUAUUAUAAAUAUUAUUGAAAAUAAAUUAAGAAAGCCAAGCCAAUGUUUAAGAAAGCCUCCAGCAGGUAAAAAAAUGGUAAUAUUUAUUGAUGGUCUCAAUUUAUUACCAAUUGAAGAUUUUAACUCUCAAUCAACAUUUGAGUUUAUUCGUCAAGCUAUUGAAGGAGGCUACUAUGAUAUAAAUAAAUAUUAUUUCCAGAGCAUAGAAGAUGUUUAUUUUAUUGCAAAUUAUACUUUAAUGAAAUCCAAACAAAGUGAAAUUACAAAAAGAUUUAUUAGGCAUUUUCAUGUUAUUUUGCAAAAUAGCCCAAGCCAAAAAAGUAUUGAAAAAAUAUUUUCUUUGAUUUUGCAUGGAUAUUUAGAUGAAUACUCAAACAAAAACUUAUCGAGCCUAAUAAAUACGAUAAUAAAAGCUACAAUUGAACUUUAUUAUAAAAUUUUUAACGAUUUUGAAACGACUCCAGGAAAGAAUCAUUAUCAAUUUAAUUUUAGGAAUUUAUAUAAAGUGAUACAAGGUAUUAUAUUGGUGGAUUAUGAUAAAUUUAUAGAUAAUAAAUACAUAACUAUACUUUGGGCUUAUGAGUGCUGCAGGGAGUUUAAAGAUAGACUCAAUAGCAUCGAGGAUAAGACUGUAAAGCUUAAGCACCUUUAUGGAUCGGGCCUUUCGAUUUUUUCUCAUGGGAAAGAGAGGAGUUGGUCUGAUCAACUCCCAAGUGACAAAAUCACUUGCUAUAUGGUUUCUGCUAUGGAGAGUUAGCUACAAGCAUUAGUUGGCGAAGCCAAUUCUCCUCUAUCCCGUCGGUAAAGAUCGAGAAGCCCGGGCUAUAAAUGUGCUCAGGCUAUAUUUGAUAAAGAAAUUGAAAAACACAUUUAUAGCGAUUUUGGCUGUGAAAUUGAAAAAGAGCAAUGAUCAGAUGCAAUUUUCAGUAAUUUUAUGGGCGAAGAUGAAAAAGAUUAUGUAGUUACUAAAAUUGAUGAGAAUUUAACAGAAAAACUUAAGAUUGUUUUGGAAAGAUAUAAUGAAAUUACAUCCAGCUCAUUAAAUAUUAUCUUUUUUAAAUAUGCUGUCGAGCACUUAUUCAGGAUUCAUAGAAUUUUGACGCGCUCCAGAGGUCAUCUUUUACUAAUUGGACUUGAAGGAAGUGGCAAGAAAACUUUUUCAAAACUUGCCGCAUUUAUUUCUGGGUAUAAAUUUCAUAUUAGCAAAUCAGGUUCACAAUUUCAAGAAGAAUUAAAGCUAUGCUUAAGAACUGCUGGCUGUAAAAACGAGGGGCUUGUAUUAUUAUAUAUUUAAUUACUCCACCCUUUAAAUAGGAGCAAACAAAACUGCUUCAAUUUGCAUUUAAUUUUUUUUUAUAAAAAAAUUUAUUUAUAAUUUUUAAAUUUUGAAAAUAAAAUAAAGUGAAAACAAUACUUUGAUUUUUAAUUUAUUUUUGUGAAGAAAAAAUUAAAAAACUUAUUUGAUUCUGCUUGCACUUUUCAAUUAUAUUAAUUAGGCCAAAACUAAUUUUAUAUAAGUAUUUUAUUUUCAUCUUUAAUUUUUGAAAAAGCACUGAUAUUUUGUACCAAUUUAAAAGGGGAAAGCUAGAAUAAAUACUUGAUGCCACUUUUUUUAGGAAAUUAGAUAUAAGCUAUCAAUAAAACUGGCAUAUAAUGAUAAUGAAACUGUUAGUGAAAAAAAUCUUGAAGAUAUUAGCAGCAUUCUUAACGAUGAUGAAACGUAUAACUUGUAUAGCAACUUAGAAAUUAAAGAAAUUAUCAAUGAAGUAAGGCAAUGUUUUGGGAAAUCAAAUAGCCAUUACUCAAAUGAUAAUGUUUUAGAUUAUUUUUUUCAAAGAUGCAAGGAAAAUCUCCACAUAAUCUUAGCAAUUAGCCCAGCUGGAGACAAUUGAAUAAGGAAGAUGAAGCAGUAUCCUUCAAUUAUAAAUUGCUGUACAAUUGAUUGAUAUGAAAGCUGAUCGCAUGAGACUAUGGUAUCUAUUGCAAAAUUUAUUUUUAAUGAAAAUAAAAAUCUAUUUGAUUUUGACAUAAUCCCAGCUGAACUUUUUCCAUUAAUUCAUUUUUCUUUAGAAUCUCUAAAUAAGCAAGACAGAAAAUACUAUAUCCCACCAUCUUCAUAUCUAGACUUUUUAUCAUAUUUUAUUUCUUAUUCUAUUAAGCAGAAAAAUAUAUUGACAGAAAAUCUAUUAAAAUUUAAAAACGGACUAAAAAAAAUAGAUCAUCUCAGCGAAAUUGCAGCAAAUUUACAGAAAAUUAAUAGUGAAUUGAGUGAAAAUUUUGAUUUGCAGCAAAAAGAAAUUGAAAAACUUGAAUCAGAAAUUAAUCAAAAAAAAGAAGAAUUAAAACCAAAAGAAGAGAUCUGAAGGAAAGCUGACGAUGACUGCAAUGCUAUGAUAAAUACAAUUAAAGCAUUAAGAGAAGCUUUGGAAAAAGCGCAUGAGCCUGCAUUAAAUAGAUGCUCAGCUGCAAAUGAAAAAAUGCUUGGUCUGGGAAAAAGCGAUGUUUAUGAAAUAGUGUCAUAUAGUAAACCUACUCAAUUAGUUGACCAUAUUUUGAAAGCAAUCUGCUUGAUGUUUGAUGCAAAGGAAAACUGAGAAAGCAGCAAGUCAUUACUAAGAGGUGGCUAUUUUUUGAAAAUCUGUGCAUACUAUGAUAUUGAUAAUAUUUCAGAAGAUAAAUUAAACCGUCUAGAAAAAUACUUAGAUAACCCAUUAAUGAAUAUAAAAGCAGUUAAAAAGUCAUCAAGAGCUUUAGCUGCACUUCUAGAAUGACUGAUUGCAAUAAGCUCUUAUGCAAAACUAAUCGUAACUUUGAAGCCUCAAAAAGUAAAUUUGGCUAAUCAGGAAGACAAUUUAUUAAUAAUGCAGUCCGAACUUCAGCAAAAGCAAUCUUCUUGGUGAGCCACACAAGACGAAGUUAUAAACCUGGAAAAUGAAUAUAAGCUAAAAAUCGAUGAAAAUGAAGAAAUCAAAAAAAGUAUUGAAUCAAAAGAUUUAAAAAUAAAAAAAAUCCAAAAUCUAUAUGUGAAUUUAGGGAAUGAAAAAAUAAGGUGGAGAGAUUCACAAAAAUUGAUUGAAAAAGAUAUAGAAAGUGUAUCUACAAACUCAGUCUUAUGCUCUGCAUAUAUUAUAUAUUUAGGUCAGUUCAAUGCUUUAUAUAGACAAAAAUUUAUAAAUGAGUGGCUAAAAUAUCUCCAAGAUUUACAAAUCCCUUAUACAAACGGGUUAGAAAUAAAAAUGGUGACGUUGAAGGAUAUUGACCUCGAAAGCGCACUCACUACCCAGCAAGGUAGGGUCAUUGUUGAUAAAGAUCAAAACAGGAACUCUUUCCUUCAGACUUGAAAACACCUUGCGAAGAGGAAAGUUUUAUUUCUCCCCUGAAGGUCUACUGCCCACCCAGAUGGGUUAGACAGAUUUGCCUCUUGUAGUCUUCGUCUAUCGGGACUAUCGGGGCAUCCUACAUAGGGUGGCUCUAACCUAGGAGCUGAUCCUUAUGCUGGAGAGCUUCGCCAAAAAAUUCAAGAGGAUACAAUUUUGGCUGGGCUUGGCAUUUGCACUCUGAUUUCUAUGCGUCAGUGUAGGCCACCUUUCCUGAAGUCAAGGUAGUCCGGAUGGGGUCCCGCUUAUGGCCGCAUGAAUCUUAAUCUUAUGCAGCGGAUUUUUCUAUUGAGAGAUUUCUUUCGAAUUCUGUCGAAAUAAAAAAGACAAUUGCUUUUGGACUGCCAAAUGACAGUAGCUGUAUAGUCAAUUCUAUAAUUAUAAAUAAGUGCAGAAAAUGGCCAUUUAUAAUAGAUCCACAAAAUAUAGCGUCGAAUUGGAUUAAAAAUAUGCAUGGUGAAACACUUAAAGUAAUGAAGAUUUCUGAAUCAGAUUUUUUGAAAAUAAUAAAAAGCUGCAUAAGAUAUGGAAACUCUAUAUUGCUUGAAAAUACCAGUGUAAAUCUUGAUUAUUCAAUUGCUACUCUGCUUGACAAGGAAAUUAUAAGCAAAAAUGGCCAAUUUUUAUUAAAAUUCGACGAUGAAGAAAUUUCUUAUUACGAUGACUUUAGAUUUUAUAUUAUCUGUAAUAAAAAAAAUCCUCAUAUUUUGCCAGAUAUUUGUGUUAAAAUGACAUUAAUUGAUUUUUCUCUAAAAUCAAAAAUAAUUGAAAAUCAGCUGCUAGAUGAAAUAGCUAAAUUAGAAAUUCAAAACUACGAAAAAAAUAAAACAAAAAUAUUAGAUGAAGUAUUUACAAAUAAAAAUUACCUGGAAGAAAUUGAAGAACAAAUUUUAAAGACAAUAUCAGAAAUAGAUGAGGAAAAUUUUGAUAAUGAUAAUUUCGUAGAGAUUUUGAGUGAAAGUAAAGAAAGUGCUAAAGAGAUAGGCUUGAAGAUCAAAAAAUUAGAAGAUAAGUUGAAAAACUUUGAAAUUGAAAAAGAGAGGUAUAGAAGUAUAGCAAAAAGAGUGACAAUGUUUUAUUAUAUUUUUUUGAAUUUUCAAUCUCUCAAUCCUAUAUAUCUAAAAUUAUUGGAGUUAUAUCAUGAUAUGCUCGAAUUUAUGAUUAGUAACUCAGAGAAAAAUGAAAAUAUGAGGCAAAGGGCUAAAACUAUAACCAAAAAUGUUUUAUCUUUCAUUUUAACAGAGCCCUUUAUGAAAGAUAAAUUUAUUUUCUUGCUUUUUAUAUUUUCGAAGUUGCUUGGAAAAGUAAAAUUAGCAAAUUAUCAUAAACUUCGACAUAAUUAA